GUGUCCCCGCGUCGGGGGGGGGGGGUCCGUGGCAGUACGGCUGCGUGGGGUAGCGUGGCGAGUCAGGAGCGUUAACGUCUCCUCAUCGUAGCGGUGGGCCGCGGUCAGGUUGCCCUGUCCUCGGGCAGCUGCUCUGCCUCGCCCGGCCCUUGCAGUCCCGAGCGCCGCGGCCGUGUCCGUGUCCGUGUCCGUGUCCGUGUCCGUGUCCCUGUCCCGCUGCUCCUCGCCGCGUUCGGCCGUUGCCGGUGCCACUGCGGCCGCGCUCGCUGUGCGCUCCGCCUCUGACGUGGCCCUGCUGGACUCGUUGUGGGUUGGAUGUAACGAAAAACUUCUCCAAAAGAGGAAUGCUGCCGUGCCACAGCUGCCCAGGGGGUGGGGGUCACCGUCCCUGGACGUGUUCCAGAGCCGCGGGGAUGCGACACUGAGGGACGUGGGCAAUGGGCACGGUGGGGUGGGCUGGGGUUGAACUUGGGGAUCCUAGAAUAUUUCCUGUGGUCACAGUGUCCCUUAGCGUCUCGAUUUCCCAUCGCAGGUGGUGGUUCCCCACCAGAGGAGCAAUGAGCCCGGGGCAGAUGAGGAUGCCGCUGCCCACAGGAACCCAAAGGGGACAGGCCCCGCAGCAGGCCUGCAGCAUCACAGGGAUGGGAUCCCGAAGUGGGAGGGACCCACAAGGAUCACUGCUUCCAAAUCCUGCCUCUUCACAGCACCACCCAAAAUGGGACCAUAUGCCUGAGCGUUGUCCAGAUGUCAGCCUGCGGCUGAGGAGGAAUCACGUUCCCUGGCCCAGGAGCUGUGAGCAGCACCACCGUGUGGCAUCGUUCCUCCUCACCUGGUAGUGCCACCGCUCCGGGUGCCCGGUGGGCUGCAUCCCCAGGGAGAGGUGUGAGAGGGGCUGUGACGGUGCAGGGCUGCAGCUCUGGGGGCUCACUGUGCUGUGCCGGGCUGGAGCUGGCAAGGCUCUGGUGAGUGGUGACAAAGUCCAAGGGAGGAAACAGGAAGCAAAACUCUGAUUCACUUUCAUUUUUGUAUUCCUGCAAGAAGCGGCUGCAGGAGCCAUUUGGCGGGCCGGGGGCUGAGGGCUGAUGGCAGACCAGGAACUGCUGAGAGUGCGCGCCGACUUUGUGAGCCGCGUGAGGAAGGCUGUGGUCUCCAAUCUCCUGGACGAGCUGCUGGCCCACAAGGUGCUGAACCAGGCAGAAGUGGACGAGGUGCAGGAGGGCAACCCAGUGACAACCGACAAGGCCCGCAGCCUCAUAGACACCGUACGCCUGAAGGGCCCUAGGGCCAGCUCCAUCUUCAUCGACAGCCUCAGGAAGCACGACAGCAACUUGGCGGAGCAGCUGAGACUGGGUGCUGGUGCAGAGUCCCCUGGUGCACCACCGGCUGCCCCCAGCACUGAGGGCUCCUCCGGCCCCCCCAUUAGCAGCCAAGACCUGCAGUGGAUGCAACAGUGCCCCCUGAGCAAGUACCGGCGCAUCAAGGAGGCAGAGGGAAAUCAGAUCUAUGACAUAUUCCUGCCUCGGGAGAGACGAACCCGUAGGGCCCUGCUUAUCUGCAACACCAAGUUUGAGCACUUGAGCCAGCGGGACGGGGCUGAAGUGGACGUGAAGGAGAUGACAAAUCUGCUAGAAUGGCUGGGCUACGAGGUGGAGUGCCAUGAAGACAUAACUUCCCAGGAGAUGACCACAGUCAUGAAGAAGUUUGCGGAUCACAAAGAUCAUCUGACCUCUGACAGCACCUUCCUGGUGUUCAUGUCACACGGAAACAGCGCUGGGAUCUGUGGGACUGAGAGUAAUGGGACUGUGGACAUCCUUUCCUUCAGCACCAUCUACGAGAAUUUCAACAACAAGCACUGCAAGGCACUGAUGGGCAAACCCAAAGUGGUCAUUAUCCAGUGCUGCCGUGGAGAAAACGAAGGAUUUGUGCUGGUACGUGACUCCACCAACUAUGAGAUGCCCGUUUUCAGCUCACACAGCAUAAGGACUGCAAGGCUGCAAGGUGAUAAAAUUAGAGAAGUUCACCUGGAGAGUGAUUUUGCCACUUUAUAUUCCUCCACACCUGAUACUGUCUCCUGGAGAAGCCCCACAAGAGGUUCCGUUUUUAUCCAGAGACUGGUGGAGCAGUUUCGAAACCAUGCCUUUAACAGUGACUUGCAGGAGAUGUUCCGAAAGGUCCAACAUUCCUUUGAAAACUUUCCUCGGCAGUUGCCAACGCAAGAGAGGACUACAAUGCUCAAGAAGUUCUAUCUCUUCCCAGGCCUCUGAUCUCCUGCCCACAGGAGCAGCAAAGAUACUCGGCACUAGAACACUACGCACACACCUGGUGAACAUCUCUCUUUACCACUCCAAACAGCCUGUGAUGCAAGCCUCUCCCUGUUUGUGACAGAUGCCUUCCGUCGCUCUGAGAGCCACUUCUGCCCUGUUUCUGACUUGGCUUGUUGACUAAUAAAAAGGAUUAGAACGCA